AUGUCUGAAAGAAAGAAAAAGCAAUCUACUUUAAGCAUAUUGAAACAUAUAAAUGUAAGACUUAAGGUGGAUGUAACUGCUAGAAAGGAAAUUUUUAUGAUGCGUCCGAAGAAGCCAAGAAGAAAAACUCUUUACUUAAUUAUCGGUAAAGACUACGUAAUUGAGGCAUUGAAUUUUCAUUUACUCAAGUCAGAUGAUAUUAUCCCGCAAAACAACCGGAAUAAACCUAGAAAAUAUGGAGAUCAAGUUAUUUUAGUUAUUGGUGGAAUUGACCCUGAAUUAUGUAAGAGAACAGUAUGGUACGACCCAAUAAUGGACCGAUGGCAUUUUGGACCAGAAUUGAUUACAAGCCGUCCCAGUGCUGGUCUAGCAACAGUGAAAGAUAAUUUAGUGUUUGCCGUGGGGGGUACUGUUAAUUAUUGGUCAUCACGAUCCGUUGAUAUGCUAGAUUUAUCAUCAGAGUCACCGUGUUGGAAACCAACUGUUCAGAUGUUAAAUGAACGACAGUGUUUUGGAGUUGGUGUGAUAAAUGAUAAUCUAUAUGCCGUUGGCGGAUUUAAUAGUAAUGGUGGUGGUCUAAACAGCGCAGAAGUGUUCGACUACAAAACUCAAAAAUGGUGUAUGGUAUCUAGUAUGGCUACUAGAAGAUCUGGUUUAGGGGUCGGAGUACUGAAUAAUCUUUUAUAUGCGGUAGGUGGACAUGUUAAUUGGAAUUCAUCAACGGAUGCCUUAGACACGGUUGAAUGUUAUCAUCCCAGUCUUGAUACGUGGAAACCGGUUGCAAAAAUGUGUGUACGCCGCACAGGUGCUGGAGUAGGUGUAUUGGAUGGUGUACUACCUUUGAACUAUAAGUAA